AAAACACACUGAAUGCGUGUCUGUUUGCACCUGCCAGUCCAGGUGCUCAGUACCCCGACACGCUGGCUUUGACCUUUGACCCCGCUGCCAGACACCUGACGUGUGUGUACAACGACCACAGUGUGUAUGUGUGGGACGUCCGAGACGUGAGGAACGUGGGGAAGCUGUACUCUGCUCUGUACCACAGCAGCUGUGUGUGGAGCGUCCAAGUGUAUCCGGAGCUCUCAGAUGUGUCUCAGGCCUGUCUUCCUCCGUCGUCCUUCCUCACCUGCUCAUCUGACAACACCAUCAGGAUGUGGAGCACCGACCCCCCCACCGCACAAAGGAACCUCUACAGCAACGACCUGCUGAGGAUUCUGUAUGUUGGGGAGGACACGCAGCACCUGCAGGCCGAGGGGGAGCGCGGGGAGGCCGCCGGGGCUGAUGGGAAGGCAGGGGUCAGAGUGCUGGGUAUCAGUCCUGAUGGACAGCACCUGGCUGCCGGAGACCGCUGUGGAAACCUGCGGAUCUUCGGUCUGGAGUUUCUGGACGAGCUGGUGAAGAUCGUGGCUCACAACUCGGAGGUGCUUUGUCUGGAGUUCUCCCCCGCCUCUACAGGUGUGAAGCUGCUGGCGUCGGCCAGCAGGGAUCGACUGAUCCACAUCUUCAACCUGGAGAAGAGCUACAGUCUGCAGCAGACGCUGAACGACCACUCGGCCUCCAUCACCGCCGUCAGGUUCACCGGUAAGACCGCAGCUCUUCAUCCUCACCUUCAUCACCGAACCGUGUUAUAUCCCCUUUGGGGUAAAUUAAGUUGCCCUUUGGGGUAAAUUAAGUCAGAAGGUCCAAAACCCAGCACCUAAUGAUUAUCUAGCACUGACAAAGUUGUGUGAUGUUGUAUGUUGGC